AAGCUUUCAUACAGAUCUUCUGAAUCAUAGCGAUUGCUGCUUUUCAGGUGUCUAUGACUAUGUUUUUGCAAGAAGGAAAAUAUUGAAGCAAGAUGUUGAGUAUGAAGUAACAGAUGAAGAUAAAAUACAAUGUUAUUGAAAAGUGAGGAGCUCUAAAACAAAAUGUCUGAGGAAGAGGAUGGGAUCAUGUCAGGUGGGAGCUUACCUCGGCACCAAACUACAAACUCUUCUUCAGUGAGUUUGAAAAGUGACAGAUCCAAGGAUGAAGCUUUGAAAGGUCAAAGCUUACCUCGGCAACAAACUACAAACUCUUCUUCAGUGAGUUUGAAAAGUGACAGAUCCAAGGAUGAAGCUUUAAAAUUUGACACUGAAGAUGAAAGCUUACCUCGGCAACAAACUACAAACUCUUCUUCAGUGAGUUUGAAAAGUGACAGAUCCAAGGAUGAAGCUUUAAAAUUUGACACUGAAGGUCAAAGCUUACCUCGGCAACAAACUACAAACUCUUCUUCAGUGAGUUUGAAAAGUGACAGAUCCAAGGAUGAAGCUUUAAAAUUUGACACUGAAGGUCAAAGCUUACCUCGGCACCAAACUACAAAUUCUUCUUCAGCAAGUUCGAAAAGUGACAAAUCCAAGGAUGAAUCUUCAAAACUUGAAAAUGACGAUCAAAGUGUUACUAAUGCGAACCAAUUUGGAACAUCUGGGACAGCAGAAAAAGGAGGAGAUACCAAGGGAAACAAGGAGGUGCAUCAACAUAAAAAUGACAAGAAACUCUCUGAGAUAGUAACGUUUGAAACUUGGAGAAAGAGCCUAAUCACACCCCAGAAUUUAUUUACCAGCACUAAAUUUGAGUUUUCCACACUUUUGGGUAAGUCCAAAAAAGUGCGAACUGUUCUGAUGGAAGGAGUCCCUGGUGUUGGUAAAACUUUCCAAACAAAAAUGUUCAUGAUUGACUGGGCAAAAGAAAACUCCAAGGAACACAUAAAGGCUUCAGUAACUCUUGAUUUCAAAGAGUUGAAUACAAAGAAGGAUGAAGAACAAAGCAUGGAAUCUCUGCUGAAUAAUUUCUUCAGCAAUAAAAACGUUAAUGUUUUCAAUGAUGACAAGAAAAAGAUAUGUUUCAUUCUUGAUGGUCUGGAAAAAUGCAAACUUCCUCUUGACUUUGUAAACAACAAAGAAGUUAAAGACUUGAAGGAAGCAGCAUCAAUGGAUGAGCUGCUAACCAAUCUGAUCAAAGGAAAUCUGCUUCCUGAAUCUCAUAUUUGGAUAAUUUCUCAACCAAAAGGAGUUGAUAAGAUUCCUUCUAAACAUAUCAACAAAACUGUUCAAUGUCAAGAACCCAAUGAGCAGGAGAAGAAGCUACAAUCACGUCUGAAAAAUAAAUUUCGGAAAGAAAUCAUUGACGAACCAGAUGAAACCAGUCAUCCAAACCAGAGAACAACAGAACAUGUCAUCAGAAGAGAAAAUGGCUCUGAAGAAGGAGAAAGUAAACAAAACAAGCUUACAAAAGUGAAUCAACUUUCUGAGAUCUUCAAAGAUGUGAAAGGAAAGAAAACUAGAACAGUGAUGACCAUUGGAGAAGCUGAUAUAGGAAAAUCUUUUCACAUGAAAAAAAUUAUAAAAGAAUGGGUUAAAAAGGAUAAUGAGAAAAAGUCAUAUUUUGCCUGGUUUAAAAAGUUAUUCUCUGGGCCGGCAGAAACUGUGGAACUUUUAUUUCUACUUGAUUUCUCAAAACUUAAUCUAGGAAAAAAUAAAAAUAUCAGUUUGUUUGAGCUUCUUAAUCACUUCUACAACGAUACCAAAAAUAUCAUCUGUGACUAUUCCCAGUUAAAUAUUUUAUUUCUCUUGGAUGGACUUGAUGCAUAUCAAGAUUGUUUAGACUUUGAAAACAGUGAAAUCUUGACUGAUAUCAGAGAACAAACAUCAGUCGAUGCGUUACUAAGUAACCUUAUCAAAGGAAACCUGCUGCCAGAGGCCAAGAUCUGGAUGACCUCUCGGCCUCUAGCUGCUGAGAAAAUCCCUGAUGGUUUUAUUGACAGACUGACAGAAAUACGAGAGAAGCCUGAUAUCACAAGUCAAAGAAAACUCAAAAGUCAACUAAAAGAUCAAUUCACCAGUGUGUCUGAAGGGAUUGAUGGACAGAAGACCUCAGCUCUUCUCAAAGAGGUUUUCACUGACCUCUACAUCACAGAAGGAGAGCGUGCUCAGAAUGAAGCCAUGCAGAUUCAGGAUGCAAAGUUUAAAACAACAAAUAAAGAAACAUCUAUUAAAUACUGUAACAUCUUCAAACCUGCAAAAAGUGAUCAAAACAUUAAGACUGUGGUCACUGUUGGAGUGGCAGGAAUAGGAAAAACAUUUGCCUCAAUGAAGUACAUACUUGACUGGGCAGAGGGCAAAGCAACAGAAAACAUUCAUUUCAUUUUUCCACUUCCAUUCCGAGAGCUAAAUCUGAGAGCAGAUAAAGAAUGCAGUCUAGAAGAUCUGAUUCAUCAGUUCUUCCCAGCAAUGAGGACUUCUGAAAUAACUGACUAUGACAAAUACAACAUACUGAUUGUUCUGGAUGGUUUUGAUGAAUGUCGUCUUGAUCUUGAGUUCAAUGAAACAAAUAAAUUGCAUGAUGUCACAACACCAACCUCAAUAAAUGGUCUGUUGUCAAAUCUUAUCCUGGGAAAUUUGCUCCCUAAAGCUCAAAUCUGGAUCACUUCUAGACCUGCAGCAUCCAACAACAUUCCUCCAGAAAAAAUUGAUCGAAUGACAGAAGUGAGAGGAUUUAAUGAUGAGCAAAAGGAAAAAUAUUUCAUGAAACGAUUCAGUGAUGAGAAGGUGGCUGAAAAAAUCUGGUCAUAUGUGAAGAAAUCAAGAAUUCUUUACAUAAUGUGCCACAUCCCUGUUUUCUGUUUCAUCACAUCAAAUGUUUUGGAGGACUUUGUUGAAAGAAACAAAGAUGAUGGACUGACAAGAAACAAAGUUUAUAGACUGCCAAGAAACAAAAAUGAUAGACUGCCAAGAAACAAAGAUGAUAGACUGCCAAGAAACAAAGAUGAUGGACUGCCAAAAACUCUGACUGACAUGUACACACAUUUCCUUUUGCUCCAGCGCAGACAAACAAAAGCAAAAUACAACACAGAUCAGUCAACCUCUGGAACAUCUGGAACAGAAACAUCUUGUGAUAAAACUAAUGAUGAAACAAUCCUGUCUUUGGGGAAACUUGCUUUCAAAGGGCUGAAGGAGAAAAACCUUCUCUUUAGUGAAGAAGACUUGACCAGUUGUGGGACUGAUGUAACCAAAGCUGCUGUUUUCUCUGGAUUGUUAACUCAGAUCAAAAGAGAAAAUCAUGAUCUUUACCCUCAGAAUAUGUUUUGCUUUGUCCAUAAAAGCAUUCAAGAGUACAUGGCAGCUCUUCAUGUCUUCCACUCAUUUAAUAGCAAAGGGGAAAAUGUGUUCAUAGAACCAACUUCAGCAUCCUCAGACCCAAUUGCCUCAGAGUUUUAUAAGAAUGCAGUGGACAUGGCUUUUGAGAAUGAACAUGGGGACUGGGACAUGUUCCUUCGCUUCCUAGUGGGUCUCUCUCUGGAAUCUAAUCAGGAUUUACUUAAAGAUCUGAUUGAUAAGACUGAAAAACACAAAGAUGCUAAUAAGGAAGCAGCAGAGAACAUCAAGAAGAAGAUCAAAGAGAACAGUGACCCAGAGAAAAACCUUAAUCUUUUCUACUGUCUUGAAGAGCUGGAUGACCACAGCCUUGUUCAGGAAAUCAAAAAUUAUCUUAAAUCAGAAGAAAAACCUUUUGAAACUUUCACUGCUUCUCAGUGGUCAGCUUUAACCUUUGUGCUGCUGACAUCAGAUGAAAACCUUGAAGUGUUUGAGCUUAAGAAAUACCUGAAAUCAGAGAAAGUUCUUCUGGGAUUGAUGCCAGUGGUCAAAGUCUCAAACACUACUUUACUGAGUUGGUGUGAGCUCUCUGAAGAAUCUUGUGACGGUCUGACAUCAUCAGUGCUGACCAAACCAUUCAACCUCACAGUGCUGGACAUGAGUCAUAAUGAUUUGCUGGAUGCUGGAGUGAUGCGACUUGCUGAUGGGUUGAAACAUGUGAACUGUAAACUAGAGACUCUCAAGUUGGCAGGAUGUCAGGUGACAGAGAAAGGCUGCAUUUCUCUGGCUGAAGCUAUUGAGUCCCAUCAAAACUCAUCUCUUAAACACUUGGACCUGAGUUACAAUCAUCCUGGAGACAAUGGCAUGAGGGCUCUCAAUGCAAUAGUUGAGGAUCCAAGCAAGAAUCUUGAGACAGUGAACUUCGACUAUAGAGGACAAUGUCGACUAAAACCUGGUUGGAGGAAAUAUGGUGUAAAUCUUAUGUUUGAUAAGAACUCAGCAAGCAGACGGCUUGUUCUGAAUGAAAACAGCAAAAGAGUGGAAACUAAUAAUGAUGUCAAGAAGUUGGAAAUGCGAAAUACAAGUGAUGAACGAUUCAGGAGGACCCAGAUAUUUUGUGAUGAAGGCCUGAAACGACUUUGUUACUGGGAAGUGGAAUGGAAAGGCAGGGUGGGAAUUGCUGUGGCAUAUAAAGAUGUGGGUAAAAGUUGGGACCGUGAUGGUGGUCUGGGAUGCAAUGACAAGUCCUGGAGUUUGCUCUGCUCCGAGACCAAGACCAAGACGGAGAACGAGACCAAAACUGAGAACGAGACCAAGACCGAGAACGAGACCAAGACCGAGAACGAGACCAAGACCAAGAGCAAGAACGAGGCCAAGACCAAAACCAAGACGGAGAACGAGACCAAGACCAAAACCAAGACCAAGAUGGAGAACGAGACCAAGACCAAAACCAAGACGGAGAACGAGACCAAGACCAAAACCAAGACCAAGACCAAGACGGAGAACAAGACCAAAAUGGAGAACGAGACCAGGACCAAAACCAAGACGGAGAACGAGACCAAGACCAAAACCAAGACCAAGACCAAGACCAAGACCAAGACCAAAACCAAGACCAAGACGGAGAAUGAGACCAAGACCAAGAACGAGAACGAGACCAAGACCAAGACCAAGAGCAAGAACGAGGCCAAGACCAAGAACGAGAACGAGACCAAGACCAAGAACGAGAAGAAGAACGAGAACGAGAACGAGACUGGAGACAAAGGCAUGCAUAAAAACACAAAAGAAAUCAAAAUCUUUUCAUGCAACAAAAUAGGUGUGCUUCUUGACUGGGAGGGAGGAACUCUAAGUUACUACAAUAUAACGUCAGAGGGGCGGAGCUUGAUUCAUACGUUCAAAGCAAAAUUCACAGCAGAGCUGUUUCCAGCCUUCUGGUUUGAGAAAGGUUCUGUGACUUUGUGUGACCUGUAGAUUUAUGAGUGCACAAGUUAGACAGACUGUAAGCACUUAGAGCCUUUUCCCUCUUCCUGAUUUAAUUUUUUAGCAUAUUUGUUACACUUCAGGGUUUCAGAACAUUUAAAAACACAUAUUAGUCAAAGACAACACAAUUAGAAGCAAAAUGGAGUUUUUCAAUACAUCUUUAUUAUUUGGACCCUAUGAGGUAAUCUUUUGCAAUACCUAUGUAGUGAAAAGUUUUCAUCACUUUAUAUUCCAGGUAUUCCUCAAAAAACAUGUUAUUGAUAUCAUUCAAUUCAAAUUUUUAAUUAAUCUUUUACACAUUUUAAAAAAUAGCAUGUUGUAUAUCACUAACCCUGUCUUCCAUAAGUGGGUCCAAAAUUACCCACAUUCAUUUCCUAUGGAAUUUAAUGGGAAUCUUUGUUUCUUCCCAGUUGUGACGGUCUGGAAAACCUUUUUUUACCCCCCAAUAAUAAUAUUUUACAAAGCAAGAACAAUAACAUAUAAUUAUUAUCUUAAUUUUUUACCUCCCAAAUGGGUCUGUGUGUGUGUCUCCUCCCUGAAGUGGAGCAGGAGAAUGACAGGCAGAUUGGCGCAGCGUCUGCAGUGACGUGGGCUCUGUACCAGUCUGUUGAGGUGAAGAGAGAGCUAAGCCAAGAAACAUAGCUCUUGAUUUACCCGUCUAAGCUCCUACCCUCAUCUAUGGUCAUGAGCUUUGGGUUAUGACCGAAAGAAAGAGGUCAUGGAUACAAUCAGUUGAAAUUAGUUUUCCCCAUAGGGUGUCUGGGCUCUACCUUAGAGAUAGGGUGAGAAGCUCAGUCCUCUAGGAGGGACUCAGAUCGAGAGGAGCCAGCUGAUGUGGCUUGGGCAUCUGAUUAGAAUGCCUCCUGGUCGCCUCUCUGGUGAGGUAUUCUGGGCACGUCCCACCAGGAGGAGAUCCAGAGGAAGACUCAGUACAUGCUGGAGGGUCUAUGUUUCUCAGCUGACCUAAGAACAUCUUGGGAUUCUCUCGGAAGAGCUGAAACAAGUAGCUUUGAGAGGGAAGUCUGGACCUCCCUCCUUAGGCUGCUGACCCCUCAACUUGACCCCGGAUAAAUGGGAAGAAGAAGCGUUUUAUAUGGCAGAAACCUCUGAGCUUAAAUGAGACAGUUUUUCGACUGUUGUGUGACCUCUUUAGGUGCUUUUCCACUCGAUCAUCUCUAAGGUCUGCCUCAGCCAGAUUUGUUCUCCAUUAGUAGAUCCAAUGUAGCUCAGCCUGGAUGAUCUCAGAUUUUCAUACCUACUUGAAGGGUAGUACUAGCAGACCCAAGCUGGAUAUGGCACUGAAACAAUUUGACUGACUGCUGACAGCAUACACUGUGCUUUGUAAUUUAUGUCACUGAAAACUCCAAACAAUGAACUAUCAUAGCUUAUAUGAUAGUUCAGAGAACUGCUUAGCACUGAAGUGCACAAUUCUAACUUUAAUCACAGGUAUCACCAGGAACAUAUGUGUAAAGCUUUAUAGCAGAUUGACCAUAUUUUAGCAGCGUGUUGCUCUGAAGAACGGUCAGCAAUAUAUGUGUGAGAAAUGGUGAAGCUGUGGUCAACAUUCUGAUGGAGCUGCUGUUUGUGCAGGCAGUAUGAAACACUGGAUUACAUAAUAUUGGCUUGCGAUGUAAAUUUUAUUUUUUCUUUAGAUUUAAAAAAAAAAGUUUAUGUGUGGCUUUUGGUUUGAGUGAGGAUGUCUUAGACAAAUCAAAUGAUUUGAUUAAAGAGAACAAAAUUAAGACUUCUUUAUAAUAUACAUUGAUCAAAGAAAUGUGAUUUAUGUUUGUGGUUAAUGGGAAGUGUGAACUAAAAUAAAAUAUUCUAGAGCAUCUCUUAAAACUAAGUAAAUUUAGACUUAUUUUGUAUUAUGUGAAAUAUUUUUUCCGCUGGGUUUUGACCUCACUGUUUAGACAGACUUCCAUGUUUUUAUUUCAAAACAAUAACAUUAAAAGGUUACUAACUUUUUAUUACUUCUGAAUUUGCCAUGUACAUUUUUAGCUUUAUCAAAUACAAGCCUGCUAUAUAGACUAUUUGAUGAAAUCCAGAAUAUUGUCAUUGUAUUUUGCAUUCUGUAUUGAAAACAAAUUUGCUGAUUGAUAAAACUGACAUUUAACUUUUUCCUUUUCUUAAGAAAACAUGUAUUUUUAAAGAUAAUCUAAAACCUGUAAUUAA